GGCGGCGGCGGCGGCAUGAAGGUCACGUCGCUCGACGGGCGCCAGCUGCGCAAGAUGCUCCGCAAGGAGGCGGCGGCGCGCUGCGUGGUACUCGACUGCCGGCCCUACCUGGCCUUCGCUGCCUCGAACGUACGCGGCUCGCUCAACGUCAACCUCAACUCGGUGGUGCUGCGGCGGGCCCGGGGCGGCGCGGUGUCGGCGCGCUACGUGCUGCCCGACGAGGCGGCACGAGCGCGUCUCCUGCAGGAGGGCGGCGGCGGCGGCGCGGCCGUGGUGGUACUGGACCAGGGCAGCCGCCACUGGCAGAAGCUGCUUGAGGAGAGCGCCGCGCGUGUCAUGCUCACCUCGCUGCUCGCCUGCCUGCCCGCCGGCCCGCGGGUCUACUUCCUCAAAGGGGGAUAUGAGACUUUCUACUCGGAAUAUCCCGAGUGUUGCGUGGAUGUAAAACCCAUUUCACAAGAGAAGAUUGAGAGUGAGAGAGCCCUCAUCACCCAGUGUGGAAAACCAGUGGUAAACGUCAGCUACAGGCCAGCUUAUGACCAGGGUGGCCCAGUUGAAAUCCUUCCCUUCCUCUACCUUGGAAGUGCCUACCAUGCAUCCAAGUGCGAGUUCCUCGCCAACCUGCACAUCACAGCCCUGCUGAAUGUCUCCCGACGGGCCUCCGAGGCCUGCACGACCCACCUACAUUACAAAUGGAUCCCUGUGGAAGACAGCCACACAGCUGACAUUAGCUCCCACUUUCAAGAAGCAAUAGAUUUCAUUGACUGUGUCAGGGAAAAGGGAGGCAAGGUCCUGGUCCACUGUGAGGCUGGGAUCUCCCGUUCACCCACUAUCUGCAUGGCUUACCUCAUGAAGACCAAGCAGUUCCGCCUGAAGGAGGCCUUCGAUUACAUCAAGCAGAGGAGGAGCAUGGUCUGGCCCAACUUUGGCUUCAUGGGCCAGCUCCUGCAGUACGAAUCUGAGAUCCUGCCCUCCACGCCCAACCCCCAGCCUCCCUCCUGCCAAGGGGAGGCAGCAGGCUCUUCACUGAUAGGCUAUUUGCAGACCCUGAGCCCUGACAUGCAGGGUGCCUACUGCACAUUCCCUGCCUCGGUGCUGGCACCGGUGCCUACCCACUCAACAGUCUCAGAGCUCAGCAGAAGCCCUGUGGCAACGGCCACAUCCUGCUAAAACUGGGAUGGAGGAAUCGGCCCGGCCCCAAGAGCAACUGUGAUUUUUGGUUUUAAGACUCAUGGACAUUUCAUACCUGUGCAAUACUGAAGACCUCAUUCUGUCAUGCUGCCCCAGUGAGAUAGUGAGUGGUCACCAGGCUUGCAAAUGAACUUCAGACGGACCUCAGGGUAGGUUCUCCGGACUGAAGGAAGGCCAAGCCAUUACGGGAGCACAGCAUGUGCUGACUACUGUACUUCUAGACCCCUGCCAUCUUGGGACUGCCCAGUCCUUGCACCUCAGAGUUCGCCUUUUCAUUUCAAGCAUAAGGCAAUAAAUACCUACAGCAACGUGGGAGAAAAGCUGCUGGACCAGGAGAAAAGGCAGUUAUGAAGCCAAUUCAUUUUGAAGGAAGCACAAUUUCCACCUUAUUUUUUGAACUUUGGCAGUUUCCAUGCCUGUCUCUCUUGCUUCAGGGCAUAAGCUGAUCACCGUCUAGUUGGGAAAGUAACCCUACAGGGUUUGUAGGGACAUGAUCAGCAUCCUGAUUUGAACCCUGAAAUGUUGUGUAGAUACCCUCUUGGGUCCAAUGAGGCAGUUGGUUGAAGUAGCAAGAUGUUGGCUUUUCUGGAUUUUUUUUUUGCUGUGGGUUCUUCACUGACCUUGGACUUUGGCAUGAUUCUUAGUCAUACUUGAACUUGUCUCAUUCCACCUCUUCUCAGAGCAACUCUUCCUUUGUGAAAAGAGUUUUUCAGAUCAUAGACCAAAAAAAGUCAUACCUUCGAGGUGGUGGCAGUAGAUUCCAGGAGGAAAAGGGUACUUGCUAGGUAUCCUAGGUCAGUGGUGUUGAAAACUGAUUUCCUCAGCUUCCUGUCCUUCUGUGUGCUUAUGUCUCUUGCGACAAUUGUUUCCUCCCUGCCCCUGGAGGUUGUCUUCAAGCUGUGGACUUCUGGGAUUUGCAGAUUUUGCAAUGUGGUACUACUUUUUUUUUCUUUUUGUCUGUUGGUUAUUUCUCCAGGGGAAAAGGCAAUAAUUUUCUAAGACCCGUGUGAAUGUGAAGAAAAGCAGUAUGUUACUGGUUGUUGUUGUUGUUUUUUAUAGUGUAAAAUAAAAAUAGUAAAAGGAAAAAAAAAAGAAAUCAAAUUAAAUAUUUCUUCUUGAUUUAAGCUUUAAAAAUACAGUAUUUUAGAGGAGGAGCAAGGCUGGCAAGGAAAUCAAAUACAUAGGGUCUGUUUGGGGAUCGGAAAGAAAGCGGGUGAGGUUUGCAGGUGGAGAGCCACAGGGAGGUGACAGUGAUUGGCCCAGGGGCCAGCCUCACAUCUGGAGUGUGAUGAGAGCCAUUUCAGGGCAUUGUAGGGGGCUAUGUUUCCAAGGUCACACUAGCUACUAUGUUGGGGAGAGAGAGGGCAGCAUGAAGGGAAUGACUUUUAUAAUCUUGGAGAAGAUAAGGUUUUUCUUAGCAUUACGUCAAGGCCAGACUAAAAAAUCAUAAAUUCUCACUGGCAAACGACAUCAUAAACAAAGAUUAGGGAUACAUGAAAAACUGGGGGAGAGGGUCAGGCACAUUGGCUUACGCCUGUGAUGCCAGCACUUUAGGAGGCCAAGGUGGGCGGAUCGCUGGAGCCCAGGAGUUCAAGACAAGCCUGGUUAACAUAGCGAGACCCCCAUCUCAUUUAAAAAAAAAAAAAGGCUAGGCGCCUUGUCUCAUGCCUAUAAUCCCAGCACUUUGGGAAGCCAAGGCGGGUGGAUCACCUGAGGUCAAGAGUUCAAGACCAGCCUGACCAGUAUGGUGAAAACCUGUCUCUAAUAAAAAUAUAAAAAUUAGCCAGGCAUGGUGCUGCAUGCCUGUAAUACCAGCUACUCAGGAGACUGAGACAGAAUUGCUUGAACCCAGGAGGCGGAGGUUGCACUGAGCUGAGAUCAUGCCACUAUACUCCAGCCUGGGUGACAGUGUGAGACUC